AUGGGAUACUUUAUCCCGCGGGUAAUGGAGAGCGGUUAUCUUAAGUCGGUUAAAAACGGCGUCCAAUUUUUCCCAAUAAGAAACACGCACAAUAACAAUAGCGAGCAGACUCACGACGAAACAUUGCUGAGGGUGAGAGAGAGAGACGCAACGAGAUAUGUGGCACUAAUUCGUGAAGAUUACGACGGCGAGCGCUGCAAUUCACCGCCGAGCGGGGCCGUGACGUCACGCCUCCAUUAUUGUCAGCGGCGCUUCAUUGAAACGGCGGGCCCCGGCGUCCGCGAGACAUCGCGCCAAUUAAUCGGCGAC